CUCCCGUGGUUUGUCACUUAUUUUUAAAGACUUGACAGGGAGAUUUUUUUUUUCUUCUCCCCCUUGAAGCGUCACAACAUACUAAACCAGAAGGAAGGACGGCAAAGUGGGACAAGGAGGAGGACAGCAGGAAAAGCUGGGGGUCUGACUGGGAAAGCGACAACCGCAGGUAGCCGAAGGCUGCUCUAACAGCUGCCCCUGCCUCUCAAGCCUGGUCAAUGUUGCUAUGCAGCAGGAGCAGACUUUAGUUCCAUUGACUUAUUUCUCCGUAAAGACAGGGACCGGCCAAGGAAGUGGCUGACCUAGGAUUACUGAAGUGCUCGCGCGACCGGCUGAGUGAGUAUUAUUUCAGAUAAGGCGGUUGAAGUCAUUGUGCCCACAUGAUCACCACGGCAAGAAUCCCCGCUGAUAAACCCGUGCGCAUUUCCUUCAGUCUUAAUGACUCCGCAGAUGAAACAUCUGCAGAGAAUGCUUUCCCUUUGUCAUUUCCAGAUCUAGACCAACAACUUCAGCCUCUUCCACCAUGUAACACGUCCAAGGAGUCGAUGCAGGUGUUCAAACAGCACUGUAGAAUUGCAGAGGAAUACCACCAAGUGAAGAGGGAGAUUGAACUUCUGGAGGAAAGGAAAAAAGAGUUGAUGGCUAGGCUGGAUCAGUUUGAGAAGCAAAACACAGACCCCGAUCACUUAGCGCAAGCAUAUGAGGACCUCAGUAAAGAGAAUCAGAGCCUUAGCCUGGCUCAUUCCCGAUGUAAAGAGCAAUUAGAAAAACUGAGGAUACAGUACCAGAAACAGCAGGGCUCGUCCUAACAGUGAAGCGGCAAAUGACAAGCAACAACCCCGUACAACGUGAUCGACACAUCAGCACUUUUAUUUUAGACAUUUGUUUGAAUGUUGUGAUAGUAGACACCACAUUUCCAAAGUGAUUUAGUGGUGACAUGCGAGACACGAUGAUGCCUCCUAAAGUGAACCUGUCACCAGUGCUGACUUUUUUAUAUCCUGACAUGAGAUGCCCUAAUAAUACUAAUCUAGGGGGCACAACUGGGCCUAAUAAUAAAUCUCAAAAGUGCCUUAGGGGGCUGGAUUAUCCCUUGUCACAUAUGCCCCUCCACCUUUGAGCCCACUCAGUCAUUCAGCAGAACCAAGAGAAGUCACUGCUCUGCAGGCCUGACUCCUUAGAGACAAGGAGAGCUUGGUUCUGAAGAUUCAGGGGACAAGGCCUAUUUUUACAGCCCUCUGAUCAACCCACGAUGAGCUGGCACAUUUGUACCCCCUAGUUCAGCUUGAAUAAGGCAUUUUGCAAAUUUCCUUAAGGGAAUCCAUCCUGGUGACAGCUUCCCUUUAAUAACAAAGUGCAAAUGUGUAAAACUGGAGCAACCUAUCAGAAAUGAGAGUCAAAUUGACCCAAAAAUGUAUUCAUUUGUAAUUUUUUUUUACUUUAUCCUUUAUUUAUUUUAUGCACUUAAAUAGCUCUACUAUAUUCCGCAGCGCUUUACAGACAUUAGCACCCAACUGUCCCCAAUGGGGCU